CAUAAAUUGACAAACGAAAUUCCUUUACGACGACAAAGAGAAAAUGCAAAAAAUAUAAUUAUUAAUUUUUUAAGAAAUCUAAUAAAUUAAAUUGCAGUAUUUAGAGAAGAAAAUUUAUUUCAAAUACUUGAAAUUGAAACGAGAUAAAGCGAAAGUGUUUAAAAAAUGGGUUUGUGCAAAUGUCCCAAACGUCAAGUGACGAAUCAAUUUUGUUUUGAACAUCGCGUAAAUGUUUGUGAGUACUGUAUGGUACAGAGCCACCCAAAGUGUAUUGUACAAUCAUAUUUACAAUGGCUUAGAGAUAGUGACUACGUAUCAAAUUGUACAUUGUGCUCAACGGGCUUGGAAGAAGGAGAAUGUGUGCGUUUGGUGUGUUAUCAUGUCUUUCAUUGGGACUGUUUGAAUGCUAGACAAUCGGCUUUGCCAACAAACACUGCUCCCAGUGGCCAUCAGUGCCCUACAUGUAAAAAUGAAAUAUUUCCCACAUCCAAUUUGGUCUCGCCGGUGGGAGAUGCUUUAAAACAACAAUUAGUACAAGCUAAUUGGGGGCGCAAUGGCUUGGGUUUAGCAUUGUUGAAUGAAGAAUCGGUACAGAAUCCAAAAAGUGUUUCUUCAAAAACAGCAACAAACUCAUCCACACCUGUCUCAGCAGCUACGAGUAGUAUGACCAAGAUACAUCAUAACAAUAGCAACAAUUCUAACCAAAAUAAUACUUUGGAACGUUCCAAGGCGAAUGGUGCUUUCGCUAACACCACCCUGAAGCAAGAUAGUCCACAUUCCGUGUUACUUAUGGACGCAUUUAAUCCACCCUCAAAUGCUGAUAUUCAUGCUAGCAGUCGUCGACCCUUGUUACCCCGCCAAUCGCCCAUUGGUGGUGCAGAUCGUGAUGAAAAUAAAUAUGCUAGACGUACACCAGCUGAAAUAUUUUCACGCUGGUCUAGGCGUUUCUAUGCGCCCUCCUCUAGGCCACCUUGGAGACGUACUUGGUUUUUGGUUCUUAGCGGUAUUUUGGCAUUUGUUGUACUCAUUUAUUUGAUGGCUGCUUUUGGUCGUGGCGGUUCUCAGGAUUCCUUAGAGGAUGCAUGGAAUAAUCCCAACCCUAAGCCUAGACAUUAUGAAUAAUAAAUUGCAUGUUUUUGAAGAGAAACAUAAUAUAUUAAAUAAGUUAAAAUUUAAUAACAA